AUCCUCCUCCCGCCGCCGCCGAGAGGCAGCUUCGCAGCAGCUUUUCCUUUCCUUUUUUUUGGUGAUUUUCCCUUUUUUCCCCUCGCUGGACACGGCACAGCCAGGAGCAGCGCGGAGCCGGCGCCCAGGCGCCAGGAGAGGCUGAGCAAUGGCUGAAGGAGACAUCACCACCUUCAGUGCCCUGACAGAAAAGUUCAACCUUCCCCCAGGCAACUACAAGAAGCCCAAACUCCUCUACUGCAGCAACGGAGGCCACUUCCUGCGGAUCCUCCCAGACGGCAAAGUGGAUGGGACCAGGGACCGCAGCGACCAGCACAUUCAGCUCCAGCUAAGUGCAGAGAGCGUGGGAGAGGUGUACAUAAGGAGCACCCAGUCUGGCCAGUACCUGGCAAUGGACCCCAAUGGGCUGCUCUAUGGCUCACAGUUACUGGGUGAGGAGUGCCUGUUCCUUGAGAGGCUGGAGGAGAACCAUUACAACACCUACGUCUCCAAAAAGCACGCGGACAAGAACUGGUUUGUAGGGCUGAAGAAGAACGGGAACAGCAAGCUGGGGCCACGGACUCACUACGGCCAGAAAGCCAUCCUCUUCCUCCCACUGCCUGUCUCAGCUGACUAAACCCUACCCUGGGAGCUCAGAGAUGACCCUGAACCCCAAAUGCCACCUUUCCCCUCAUUCUGUCUUUGGCUCAGAGCCAAACAUUAGAGCUCCAAGCUUUAGGCAAAGGCUUGACCCAAAAUAGACAACGCAGAAUAAACUUGUUCUGCAUGAAGCUUUGCAGAGAUGAGGGGGCAGCCUCCACACCCCACAAGGUCCAUCAGAACCCCUCAGGGUCCACCAACACCCCCAAGGUCUAUCAGUACCCCCAUUCCCCUUGCCCUCUGCAUGGUGCCUGCCAUGACCAUGCUGCCCAGAACUCCUGGGGACAUCACAAACCUGCCCAGGGGCAGGCACCCAGAAAUGGGGCCAAGGGCACCCCAAGGACAUUCCAGUUACUGUCCCCAGCUAUUCUGAGGUAAAGCCUCCUGUAUUAACAUUUAUCCAUCUAAAUAUGUAGCUUCUAACAUGCCCUCCAGGUUGCACCAUCAGCCACAGUACUGGUGCUGCAGA